UCCAGAACCUUCCUCAAUGGACGCUCGAGCUUGUUUAUGUUUUUCCCGCCUUUUUCUAAAGUCACCACAAGAUGGCGACAGAGGGGACUCAAUAACUGAAAUAUCCUCCUCCUAAAGACAACCAUUGAUGAUUUAAUGUAGGAAUAACCUCAGUGACUGCCUCACAGCACCACACAUGAAGCGGGGGAGACGGCCCUCUGUUUUAAAGACUCAUUCUGGAGCUUUAACGAGUCUUUGAACGGCAGCCAUGUUUGUUCUGUCGUGUGUCUUCACGGGGACUUGUUGAGAGGAAGAAGAUGGUGAAGAAGCUGCGGGCGGAGGUGAAGAUGUCUGGUGGAUGCUGAGUAGCCUCCUCAUCCUCUCAUCCUCCUUCAGCGGGUAAACAAGCCAACAUGGCCGCGGAGAGGCUCGCCCUGUAGCCCCACAGAGAAGAGGAACAAAACAACACAGAUGAAAUGGCGUUCAUGUCCCGGUUCUCCCGGUCCCGGUCCAGCUCCAGGUCUCCGAACAGGAAGGACUCUGAGCGCGUGUCCCCGGUGCUGACGGUGUCCGAGCUGGAGAGGCUGCUCUGCACGGGGAAGACAGCCUGUAACCAUGCCGACGAAGUGUGGCCACGGUUAUAUAUAGGAGACCAAGAUAUUGCAUCAGACCGGCGCGAGCUGGCCAAACUCAGCAUCACACACAUCCUGAACUGCGCUCAGAGUAAGUGGCGAGGUGGAGCCGAGUAUUACGCCGGGAUGAACAUCACGUACCACGGCAUCGAGGCUCACGACUCCCCGACCUUUGACAUGAGUGUCAACUUUUACCCUGCUGCCGAGUUCAUCCACAAAGCCCUCACGAGUGGAGGGAAGGUGCUAGUCCACUGCACUGUGGGAGUGAGCCGCUCAGCCACCCUGGUGCUGGCCUACCUGAUGAUCAGACAGAACCUGACGCUGGUGGAGGCCAUCAAGACCGUGAAGGACCACAGAGGAGUCAUCCCGAACCGGGGCUUCCUCCGUCAGCUCAACGGCCUGGACGGCAUCCUGAGAGAGAGCCCCUCGACCCACAUUCACAACAAGCUCUCAGCUGACGAUUAAUGAGGAGGCAGAACUUCCCCGACCAAACAUGAAUCUAACGUGGGCAUGAGGAGAGAGCCGGAGCUUACCUACCUGCAGUCUUUGGGACCACGUCAGCUCUCAGCUGCAGAAGAAGAAGACAGU